CGGCGCUUUUGGGGGUGUCGCGCUUAGCUGCGUGCACGCAGCCCUUGCACAGUGUACACGCUUCGCAUCCUGCCGCAUGGAGGCAGCUUCGCAGGAGAGAUAAUCGUUGCAUGGCAUAGAUAUGGCUGCGUGGGAAAUAAGGCAGAAAGAGCUCAUGGACGAGCUCAAAGCGAUGGAGGACUCCUGGCGUAAACUUUACAAAGAACAGAAGGAGUCGACAAUACCUGCCGGCAAGGGAAAGGCCAUGCUCCUGCUGGCGCUUCGGAUCAAGCAGCGCUGGCAGGAAUUCAUUACGAAGCGGGAUCGUGGCCAGAUUGUAAAGGACCAUAUACCCAAUCAUAUGGUGAUGGUUGACUGGAAGAUAUUCGAGGCGCACGUGGCCUGCGCGCGCGACUACCUCGAAGCUGACGCGUACCGUGAAACCCUGAAACAUACGCAGAAGGCCCUCGACCUGUCCGAUGCGCAUGGGGGCGCCUGGAUGGAAUGCGUGGUGAUGAACGUUCUCAAUUACGAAAAGGAGGCGUGGAUAGGCCUCGACGAAGAAUCCAACUACCUUGAUACUGCCACGCGCCGGGCCGAGGGUAUGGCACAGCUUGCGGCCGUGCCGCGCGACGAGGUUGUCCGCGCGUUCUGCGAGGUGGCCACCGUGCAGAUAGAGCUAGAUGACCAUCAGGCCGCCAUAAAGACGGCACGCGCGGCGAUCCGCGUCGAAGGCGUGCGCCCGGCGUCGCGGAACACUGCGAGAAUGAAGCUCGGGGUUGCGCUGGGGUGUGCCAAACUCACGGACGAGGCGCUGCAAUUACUGGAACAAUGCGAACGCGACUGGACGAUGUCGGUGGAAGGGACGAGGUGGAACGAACAAGAAAUGGUUGCAAGUAAGGCGCUGCUGGAUAAAUGCUUGGAGGAACUGCGCCGAGGCCAAGCAAAUGAAACGGCGGACACAGAAAUUCUGAUGAGCGUGGAGUACGGAAAUAUGACAGAAACGUGGAACAAAUUGUAUCAACAGGAAGGGCCCAACGGCGAGGCGCUGCUCGCGUUGGCUCUGCGCAUCAAGCAGCGCACGACGGAGGAGCUCGAUGACAUAAAUUGGCGAGAGAGGCCGCCGCUUUUUGACAUGGCGAGGGAGUACCUGAUGUACGCCGACCGCAGCGUCUUCACUUCGCAUACACGCUGCGCAUGCAAUUGCGUCGACGCGGGAGCAUACAAUGCGACUCUGAGGCACACGAAGUGCGCCAUCGAACUGAAUGACGCUUGGGAAGAUCGGUGGAGAGAGAAGGUCGUCAUAAUUGUUCUUGACUGCGAGUUGCGGGCGCUGAAUGCCCUCGGCGAACACAGCAAAUUCCUCGACGUUGCCACUCGCCGGGCCAAUGCCCUGGCGGAGUUCCCGAACGUGUCGGGCCACGACCGAGUCGACGCGCUCUGUGAAGUGGCGACGGCCUUAAUGGACCGCGGUGACUACGCGGGCGCUGCGGCCAUUUCUCGCAAGGCACUCGCCGUCGACGCACCUCGAGUCAGUCGGCAGUGCGCGAGAUUCAAGCUGGGCACGGCCCUGAUGGCCGACCCCCAGCGACUCAAGUUGGAAUCGGCACUGAUGGCCGACCCCUACCGUAAGAAAAUUUUGAGCGAGUCCGAUCGCGACUUGGACGAGGCGCUUCGGGAACUGGAGCGCUGCGACCGCGAGUGGACGACUGCGGAUCUCAGCGACACAACCUGGAACGCGGAGCAGCUGGCGCAGCUCCGCAAAUGUUUGGACAAUAACUUGAGGUUGUGUCGGCGGCGCCUCGCAGAGAAGCAACUUGCCGAAACACUACGAGAAGACGAACAAUUGUUGCAUCCCUCAAUGAAUCACGUCAUGAAGGGCGAUUUUGUCAAAUCCGCGGAAUCGGCAGAGAGAACCGCCUCGCUUUUACUCUCAGGUAUGUGCAAUUCCCCUGGGCUCGCACGCUUCAAAACCUCAAACCUCCCGAGCUGCCAGGCGCGUGCGUUUACCUUAACUAAUUGUUUUCUGCUUGACGAUCACCGGGCCGCCGGAUGGCUUGGGGCAGUGCAACAGGCUGUCGAGCUAUGCGAGCGCGAGCCGCUCGAGGAUGCGUGUCCCAUUUGUCUGCAGCAGCUCGCUUGGCCAGCAGAGUUGGAGGUGGGUACGCGCGUUACUGUUCACGGCCUGAAAAAAGCCACGCACCGCAACGGCGACCAGGGCGUCGUCGAGCGCUUGUCAGUGGGGCCGGACCAACGCGUUCAGGUGCGGUUCUGUAAGAAUGCGGAGCCGGAGGAGGGCAUGCUCACCAUUGAGGAGCACAAGGCCGUGCUCCGCGGCCUCCUCGAGCAGAUCGACAAGCCAUGUCCAAAUGCAUGUCCGGAAGAAGUUCGUCGGGCUGCCGAGGCGAGCCUGAGCGCGGGGAUUGGGUGUCUCGAGAGCAAGCAGGAUGCUGUCGAUGAAGUGCUCAAAGAUAUGCUCAUCGGAGACAAGUGUGAAAUUUCGACCCUGGAGGAUAUUAUAUCCCUCGCGCAGGCUACGUCAUUCCCGGACCUGAGAAGGUCGAUAACCAACGAGAUAGCCCGGCUCGAAGCAAGUUCUGCUGCUUACAGCCUCCGGGUCCGCCCGGCGAACCUCAAGGCCUCCAAAGGUUACAUCGACGCGUCCCGGCGGGCGUUCAUGACCAACUGUUUGCACUGCUUCCACGCGAGGUGCAUCAAGCGCUUCGUCGACGAGACUUUCCACGAGGGGCAGCAAAUAUGCCCCGUCUGCGGCGAAGAGCUGGAGUUCGCCGAGACCCUCGUGAUGUGCGCGCAGAUGCCGUCCUGGGACCGGCCGAGCUAUGUGGACUAAUUGUGAUGAAG